ACUGUGUUUUGGGAAUGUUUUGGAAUGUAAAGGGUCGCACAAUAAUGUAAUGGGUAAAAAGCAACAUUUUGGCAAACAGUGCCUUUUUCUCCACCAUGAAGUUACUAUUCCGUUAGUCAGCGCCUCUCAAACAUGUUUGGAGGUUUGUCAACUUUUCUUUGGAAUGCAGAGGGAAAAUGUCGGAGCAGCAGGGUGCACCGGAGCAGCUAGCAGCUGGAAAGAGCCAAGGAGGGGCAGGAGCCACCUACAAGGUGGGUGUAGGGUGAAGUUGCCUCUAGAUGCUGAUCUUGGGUCAGUUUAGCAUUUUCCCCACUAGGACUGGGGAGGGAAAGCUGAUCUUAGUUCUGUACCUACACUCUUAGAAAAAAAGGGUUCUUCGUUUGUCCCCAUGGGAACCUUUUUUGGUUCCAGAUAGAACCCUUUGGUGGUGAAAAAGCUUAUUCUUAGAACCUUUUAGUGGUGAAAGGGUUCCACGUAGAACCUUGUAUUAGUAAAAGGGUUCCACAUGGAACCAAAAAUUGUUAUAUUCAGAGGGUUCUCCUAUGGGGACAAUUGAAGAACCCAUUAUGGUUCUAGGAGGGCACCUUCUUUUCUAAGAGUAUAGGGAAAAAUUCACCCUGGAGCAACAAGGUGCCCGACAUCUGUUGGACCUUCUUUUAAUCUUAUUAUAUCCUAGCCUAAGAUUCACUUGGUCCAACUUUUUAUGAAGUGUCACUGAUACUACCAAUAUGUAUUUACAAUGACAUAAGCAAGUAAAGCAUAAUAACACUGCAGUAUAGUAUAACACAUUGUUAAAUUACAACUGUGCAACCUGCAUAAAUUUGUGCUAAUGUUAAUGUUGUUGUUUAGCCUAUUUUAUACUAAUGUAAUUACUUACCACUUCCUGGCUUAUCUUGUAGGUGGUGGUGUUUGAGUUUGAGAACUUCUGUGGGAAGAAAGUGGAGCUGUCUGCAGAGUGUAAGAAUGUGAUCGAGAAGGGAUGUGAGAAGGUGGGAUCUGUCAUCGUGGAAUCAGGACCGUAAGUGUGACCAAUGUUUAUUUUCUACAUUUUCCAUGAUGCCUCAUUCUUGCCCACUUCCUCUUUACCUGUCUCUCCAAUACUCUCCAACAAUGCCCUUAUUAAAACAUUUAUAAAUCCAACUUCAGUCUUUAGACAAUUCAAUUACAUUCUUAUUCACCUGUGUAUACAUUUUGAUGUGUAGUAAUUUUAAGGUUAAAGUCUGUGAAUUCUUUGAAAGAACUCAUCCACCUGGUCAAUUCAUGUCAGCAUGACAAAACAUUGAGGUUAGGGGAAUUUGUGUUUUUCAGUUGAAAGUAAAAAUAUAUAUUGGUAUGUUCUUUGUAAAUGUUUGAAUUAUGUUAGUAGCCAUUAACAAUUAUGUUUGUUGAAAAGAGGAAAGGGAACGCAAUAUUUCAAACCAAUUUCUGAGUUCCUAGGCCAAGCCAUGUGGUAACUAGCAUCUUCAUUAGCAUUGGGGGGUGGUUGGGGAUGGUUGUCACAUGGAAUGUGAGGUUGGUUGUCACUAUCAACGUUGUGUGGCAGACCAGGGGAUUUGGUCAAGACGUUUACACAGAUCAGACACGGACAGAAUUGUAUUAGCUCGGUUUCAAGGGUGUUUAUUUAAAUAUUAAACAAAGAGAAAAUAAUAGGUAUCCUCCAGGAUCUUCUAGGCUCCGGGGUCUUGCUGUAUCCUGUGGGGAACAAAACAGCGCUCCCGCCGUUAUCUCUGGUACUGCGCACGACUAUACGGAAGUAACCUCUCUUCCCCACUCCCAUGUGCUGCCCUUCUGGCAGCUUUAUGGGACUCGUCCUGCUGGUGAGCAAUCAGCCCUUUGAUUACUCACCAACCUCAAUCAGCCCCAAUUAGUCCUGGCGGAGAGCCCGUCGAGACCUGGCACGUCCAGCAGAGGGAGACAUCGCCACGUGAUGUAGACUCUGUCUGUCACCAGGCCUCGACGAUUCUCCCCCUGGUGGCUAACCUUCGGUAUGCCACAGUUGCCACUGCCAAUAUACAAUACAUCCCAAGCUCUUUUGUGCUAUAAAGAGCGCUCUUUGUUGCCUCUCUCUCACACACACCCGUUUUCUGUCACACACAUACACAGACACACAUGCGUGUGCAAACACGGAUACACACACAAAUGUACUCAAAAUGUCAUAUCCCACUGGGCACAAACUGGUUAAAUCAACGUUGUUUCAAUGUAAUUUGUCAAGGUAUUGUGACGUGGAAUCUAUGUGGAAAAUACAUUGGAUUUGAAAAAAGUAAUCAACGUAAACCUUUGUUUUGAGGAUGAAAUUUCGACCCCAGGAUUAUGUCAUCAUGGUAACCAAUUUUCAACAUUGACAAACCUUGUAUAAAAUAUGUUGAAUUUGUACCUUUGAAACAACGCCAGAUCUUCAAUGUAAUAUCCACUAAAAGAAAAAAGCAAUAGGCUGGGCAGCACCACCUACUGGAGAGUUUAUCUAUCUACAGCUACCCUUUUGGUUUUCCAUACAGGCCCAGCCAUGCUCAUCUUUGAGAUUUGUCACCGUCUGUUACCAGUGUGCUAUUGUGAGAAUGAUUGUUGAGAAAUCUCCACUUAAUAGAUUGACUGUUGCAAUCAAAGUCAUUACAAAGGGUAGAUUUAACAGAGCAAAUGAAAUGUAACCAUACUUUAUCAAUCAUAUAUCAUCAAUGAUGCUAUUUAGGCCUAUAUAGCAUUUGGGAAGUCAUCAACAGCUAUUGUUUAAAUUCAACCCAGGAUACAACUAAAAGUAGACAAUACAAAUAGGCCUAGGGUUUCAAGCUUUGCUUGAUUUAAAAUGGAAUCUACGAGUUAGUAAAACAAUAUGUUGGAUUCACAUCUCCAUCUCAACCAAAAAUCUAAGUGAAAGAAUAUGACUGAAUCAAACUGUAUUUAAAGUGCAUUUAAAGUUUGAUUUGAUUUAGUCCUGUUAAUUCACUUAGAUUUUUGGUUGAAAUGGAGACGUGAAUCUACCAUAUCAAUUAUGAAUUUGUAGACAAAGUGGAAUUAAAGCCAGACGGAACUAUCCAAGGAUACAUCUCCUUCAAAUGUUGAUAUUUGGUUGUGUUGACAACCAUACACAAUUCAAGAUCACUUUUGCAACACAGUAAAUAGCCUAUUAACUUGCCUACCAGUUAACAAAUGAUAUGUUGGAUUCAGGUCUCCACCUCAACCAAAAAUAAAAGUUAAAUAAUAGGAUUAAGCCAGUGGCUCAGAUGGAACUAUCCAAGCAGUAGAUAAAUCUCCUUUAAAUGUUGAUAUUUGAUUGCAUUGUCAACCAAACACAAUUCAAUAUUAUUUUUGUAAUACAGUAAAAAGCCUAAAGUUAAGACUAUUUUACAAACUAAUGUAACAGUAUUUAUUCAAAUGUAAAAUGAAUAACACAUCCCUGGCCACACUGAGGUUACUGUAACAAUAAAUGUCGUAUGUAAUUAUAGAACGCGUGUAUGUUCAAGAUAGCAUGGAAAUGUCGCAGGUCUGUGGAAAUCUUCACAAUAAUCUAUAAUAAUCUGUGCAGAAUCUCAAACGGCAUUGACCACUUGCACCAUGUACUUAAAUAAUCUCAAUGCAAUCCAGGUAAUUUGGUUGUGUUAGUAGAUGAAGCACAGUGAUUACACAUAAAGUUGUUGUAUAAAUAAAUAAAAUAUCUAACAUUGUCUUCCCAUUUGAACUUUGUUUUAGAAGGUUGAAAGCGUAGUGAUAUCACAUUUAGGUGACAACUAAACCUAAAAUCAGACAUUGAUUUCCCAUUGGAAUUUGGUUGUGCUUUUAGAUGGUUGAAAGCAUAGUGGUAACACAUUGGGAAUUCAACAAACUUUCAACUGUUUUUUGAGUGGGUGAAAAAAAGUUGUAAUCACAUUGAUCAACGUAUCAACCAAAUAUUACCCAAUUCUCCAUGUUGAAAUGACGUGCUGUGCCCAGUGGGAUGUUAUUCUCAAGGCAUAAAAUGCUGAAUUUUGUUAGGAAUAUUGUUCGAUCAAAGAAAGGCUUGGCUAUUUCUAAGACUGUUGGCUAUAUUGCUUCAUUUCCUGUUACAAAAGGAAUAAGUUACUAGCAAACAUUGUGACAACCAACUACAUACUGUGUGACAACCAACCCUGUGUUGGGGCUUGUUGUCACAAGUGGACAGAGUGUGUUUGAUGGCUUAUAACUCCAUGUCGUAAUAAGAUAAUGAUUUUAAAAAGGUCCCGUUUCAACCCAAGACCUUGGUCUUUCUCCUAAUAUUGAAAAGAGUCUUGUAAGAUAUACUGCUGCUGAGAAAAACACACAAGAGUAAAAAGUGUGACAACCAACCCCGGUCCCCCCUACUAUCUCACAGCUAGUGUUUAUGUACAACAAAUUGGUAAAGCGCAAUUACCUUUGUGUUCUCAGCUGGGUGGCAUUUGAGCGCCAGGCAUUCGGCGGGGAGCAGUUUGUGCUGGAGAAGGGCGAGUAUCCUCGUUGGAGCACCUGGACCAACAGCCAGACUAACAACUACCUGCUGUCCCUCAGGCCACUCAGAGUGGUCAGUAUAUCCCUCUAACUAUAAUUAGAAUCAUAAUCACCUUUAUUAACUGAGUAUAUUUACAUGUACAAGCAAUCUGACCUGGUGCAAUGGUGCUGACAACCCCUUACACUAAACAGAAUACACAGAGAAUAUAGACAAAAUAUGUUACACUUAAUCUACGUACAGUAUAUAAGGAUGUAGCCUACUGACCAUAGCAACCCACAGUGGACAGGCAUCCAACUGUCAUGUCAAUGAGAUAAGACUAACCUGUCAAGCUAAAGGGCGAAUCCCUUUUCUGUUUCCUAAAUUAACAGAAUUCUACAUAAGAAACCUAUUUGUACCAAAUGAUUUGUGCUCCCAAGCCAACAAAAGUAUUUGAUUAUUAUUUAGUUAUUUUAAACUGCACUUUUCUAAGUAGGGUUACCAGCCCUGGAGUAAUAGCUACCUUCCUUAAAAGUAAACACCAAGUAAAUAGCAGACAUGAAAACAAAGUGUAACCACCACCCAUUCUGACUUGUUCCUGCCCAGGACAGUGCGGAUCACAAACUCCACCUGUUCGAGAACCCAGGCUUCGCCGGGAGGAAGAUGGAGAUUGUGGACGACGACAUCCCCAGCCUGUGGGUCCAUGGCUUUCAGGACCGCGUGGCCAGCAUCAAGGCUAUGAACGGAGCGUAAGUUCAACACCUUUACACAUCAUUGAGAUCAGGCAUACAGUAUCUGUCUACAGCUAGGUUACUGCAAGGUUAUCUCUCAUGCAAGUAUGGUUCUGAAGUUCAACCACUUCUGUUCCAUAAAUGUCAUUAUAACUGUAUGUCCCUCUUCCCCUGUCCUCCAUAGGUGGGUGGGCUACAUGUUCCCAGGCUACAGGGGCCACCAGUACAUCUUUGAGCAUGGAGACUACAAGCACUGGAACGACUGGGGAGCAUCGGCGCCUCAGAUCCAGUCCGUCCGACGCGUGCGUGACAUGCAGUGGCACAAGAGAGGCUGCUUCAUCGCCCCCACCCCCACCCCCACUCCCACUCCCGCCCCCAACCCCACACCCCCACCCCCUGCCCCCCCUGCCGCCGCUGGCACUAGCUGA